CUGCCAACUGCUGGGGUGUCUCAGAAUGGCACCCAAAGUCUCGCCCCGGCGCCAUGGGACCGGGCCCCUUUGCUUGGCCCUCUCAGUUGCGAUUUUCUGCGCCUCUAGAUGCUUCGUAGGACAGCCGAAAGUGAGAGAACGGCUGCCCCUAAGAGCCGAAGUAUCAGAGGCAACGCAGGUAAAGACCGAAGAGAAGAACUGGUUCGAGCAGACCAAGGACUUCUGGGACGAUCUUGAAGUUUUCCUGCCCAUGGAGCAGGACAAAGCCCCGGAAGCAGUAGCGCUCAUGAAUCAGACCAAGAAGGUGGAACGCUUGACAGAAGAACAGGAAGCAGUCUUGGCCAAAAAGUCCUACCUUCGCGGGAAGUCAGAUGAAGCCCUUGGAGACGAGCUCAACAAGCUUCAAGAUCUUUCCUACGAGUACUGGAAGAUGAGAGUCUACAGGGUCUUCAGCAAAGAAAGUGUCAAGCAGGGUUUUGUCAGUUUUCUGACCUAUGGCAAUGCAAUUUUCAUUUUGAUAUUUCUACGAACUGUGGUUCCGCGAUUGCUAGUAAUCUCUUCGCUGGAUGACUUCUUUGGUUUCGCGAACGAGAUCGGAGUCCCCAAUCGGCAGACAUUGAAUGUGAGCCUGCACAGUUCCUUUCGUGGAUCAGCUGAUGUGAUCCGAAGUCUGGAUUCCUACGGGCUUCCGCUGAAAGUUGGCAUCUACACCUUGGCCUUUAUUUUUGAGAAACUGACCUUGAUCUCGGAGAUUUUGCCGGUGCAAGUGGCGCUGAAGACCAUGAGCCCCGUGGUCUUCGGCGGGCUCAUCCCGGGUGCCUUAAUCUCCGCCACCUGCGAAACAGUCGGAGCCACCGUCAACUUUUUCAUUGGCCGCACGUUCUUCUUUCAGCGUGUCCGUGAAUUUCAACUUCCCGGGGAGCCUCCAUUGGGUGAUGCUCCGUGGUUUUCUAGGUUGGAACGAGCUGCAGAGAAUGAGGGUUUGAAGAUGACCUUACUGCUCCGGUUGUCUCAUAUCCUUCCAGUACCCUUUGACUCCUACUGGUACAUCAUGGGUGCCUUGCCCGUAGGUGUGGUGGAGUUCGUGGCCGCGCACUGGAUCGGCUGCCUAAAGACCGCCUUUCUCGAUGCCUCGCUGGGGCUGUUGCUCCUCACGUCUGUGGUGAACUUCGAAGGAGCCGAGAAGCAGAACAUCAUUGUGGCAGAGUCGUUGGGCUUUGCAAUAGUGGCACUGCUCGUGCAGACCUUUGCGACGGGCUUGGUGAAAGAUAUCUUAGGACCAGAUGUCCUGCGUCAUAUGAAACAUCAUUGCUUCAGGUGGAGGUGAAGUCUGAGGAUGCGAUGGAGAGCACAUGAGCCAUCAUGAGCUGUGAUCAAUGGCGCUUAAGCUGUUGAAUUCUUGAUCAAACGCGGACUCGGUGCUCGAGCAGGCGUGAGCCAAGUGCCUCAGGGAUACCCUAGGUUUGUAG